AUGAGCCCCUAUCCGCAACCUCUUCCCGGGUCUCCAUCAACGAACAGGAAGAAAGAAACCGUCAAGUUCAGCACGCUAGAUCAUCCGCCUCGUGCCAAUCUACUCCCUCCCGCGGCCCUGCUCUCUCUCCUCUGUUUAGCCUUCCUCUGCUUGCUAUUUGUCUGUUUUCGGCAUACCGAAUGGAUCGUUAAAGCGAGGCGAAAGAUUUGGAAACUGCUCCACGACCAGGCCAUCAAGCUGUCGGAUCAAUUCGAAGAAUUCAAAUACAACAGACAACGAAGGAUCAAACUGCUUGAGGAUGAAGACGAGAUCGAUCCGACGGGUGGUCCAGGUCAUGGAUCAAGACAAGCAUCGGAUGUCGACCGGCUCCAAUCGCUCAGUCUAUCUCACCAUCAUCGCGAGUUAGGAGCUCGUCUCUUGACGGUCCCUGAUCCGGAUGACGAAGACGAGGAGGAAGACGAGGAUAAUGAAGUCUUACCACAAGUGCUCUACUCCAAGUAA